AUGGGGCCUGGCAGUCGCUGGCGCGACUGGCGCCAGNUCAAGACGCGUUUGCAAGUCCAAGUAAAGAGGAAGCCAGGCGAGGUAUCGACUACUACAAACGAUCGACACUACGAAGGCACUCUGCACGCAAUCAACUGUAUCAUCGAGGAUGAGGGUCUGGCAGGUCUAUACUCGGGCAUGUUCGGUUCGCUUCUUGGAGUCGCAAGCACGAAUUUUGCCUAUUUCUAUUGGUACUCUGUUGUUCGAACCUUGUACGUUUCACGACUCGCCGUCCCCGGGCCUCCAUCAACCGCCAUCGAGCUCAGCUUGGGCGCAGCUGCCGGAGCUCUCGCACAGCUCUUCACGAUUCCAAUUGCAGUCGUUACGACGAGACAGCAGACACAACCCAAGGGAGACAAGAGAGGCAUGUUGGAAACAGCAAAAGAAGUCGUCAACAGCGAGGACGGUUGGACAGGGUUGUGGAGAGGCAUGAAGGCGAGCUUAGUACUCGUUGUGAACCCAGCCAUCACGUACGUACUCGGUGCAAUGUCCAAAGCCCUAGCAACCAUCGCGACCCAGCCACUCAUCGUUGCAAAGGUCGGUCUACAAUCCAGACCGCCGCCUGCCAGAAUGGGCAAGCCCUUCGGUUCUUUCCUUGAAGUCAUGAGGUACAUCAUCGACAACGAAGGCCCUAUGGGGCUCUUCAAGGGCAUUGGUCCUCAAAUCCUGAAAGGGUUGUUGGUACAAGGACUUUUGAUGAUGACAAAAGAGAGAAUGGAGCUCAUGUUCGUCUUGCUCUUCAGAUAUGUGCGUAAGCUCAGGGCAGAGAAGUUGCAGAAGGUUGCAGAGUUCGCCGCCGAGAAGGCGAAGAAAGUCGCCCCUGUUAUGAUGAAGUAG